UAAAAGUACAGAUUAGGUCAAUCACUUAUAGUAUACUAUACUCACUUAUUCAGUAUUCACUUCACUAUAAUAUCUAUUAUCCAGUAUUCAGUUUUCACUGUUCACUAAUUUCACUAUAAUCCUAUAGUACCUACGGGCAAAUUUAUUUGCUUUUGCUUGCUAAAUAUAGUAUUGAGGUAUUGUAGUAUACUACAAAACGUAUACAACACUUGUAUCUCUACUAUCUUGUCUGUCUUCAGUCUUGACUUCUUAGUUCUUAGUUUUAAUUAGUUGACACUUGAUACUCGACUGGUUUUAAAAAUUAUUUUCUUUAAAUCAAUGCAUGACUAAGAAGCCAUUUAAUUAUCCUUAAUGCUUAAUAAUGAGAAAAUAUAAUCAAUACUAUUAGCUAUUCAAUUUAAAUUUUUUUAUUUUUAAAGUACUUAAUAACUAUAUUUUUUAUAGUAUCUUGUAGUAAUUUUUAGUCAUAACAUUUAAAUCUGAUUAAUUUGUAAUAGUCAUAAAAGAAACCAACUUGCCUAGUCUUACAAAAUAUUUCAACAUGGAAAAAUCUGCUAAAAUACGAUUAAACACCAAGCCAAAAUUGAAUAAAAAAAAAGAAGAUAAAUUAGUUAAUGAAAACUCGAGUGGAAUUAAGACAUCAAUAAAAAAUAUGUCUGACAAAGAAAAUGAUAAUUUUUCUGAUUCUAGUUUAGAAUUAUUUGAUACAUUUCAACCCAGAUCUAAAACAAAAAUUAAUUCUAAUCAAAAAAUCGAUCAUAAUAUUUAUAUUGAUCACAUUGAUAUUUCGAAAGAAUCAAACAUAGAAUUAAAAAAAUGUAUAAAUUAUGAUUUAUCUGUUUAUAAUAUCAGUUCUAGUUCAAAUGAUAGUUUUAAAUCAUUCACAAGUUUACAUUCUAAUCCCGUUGAAGAUAAUUUAUCUGGUACAGAAGAUAGUGUUACUACAUUUAAAUGCAAAAAUAGAAAUGACAUACAUGAUAAUUUGUAUAAAUUUAAAAAUAAUUAUAUUACACCAGUAAAAAACCAUAUUCAAAGCAAUCAUCUCUCAGAAUCUGCUAAACUAUUAGACCGCAUAUAUGGUAAAGAAUGGCGAUGCAUUGAUGGUGUACUUAAGAAUUCAAAAACAAAGUAUUUGAACAAUGAAAUCGAUGAUGAUCUUAAUCAAUCUCUCAGUAAAAAUAUCUCAAGCAAAAAUUUCAAUGAAAUUAAUUAUUCAUCACCUUUUGGCGUUCUGAAAAAACAUCAAGAAUACAAUAUUCAAAAUAAAGUGGAUGAUGCUUCAAUAAUAUUAGAAAAUUUCAGUUUAUCCAAUGAUAUAAAUGAAGUACCUGAUCAAUUAAAUAUUAUCAAUCCCUCUACAAGUCGAAUAAAUGAUAAGAUUUUAAAACCUUGUGCAGAUAAAAAACAAUUGAAUAAUUUCAAAAUUAUUAAAGGAAAAACAUUCAAAGAAAAUAGUAAUACAAAAAAAAAUGAUGCUUACCAAAAUCUACAAUCUAAAAUACCAAUUAAAUCUAAUAUAGAAGCAACACUAUCAUUUUUGAGUUCUCUAUCGUGUUUUACUGGUUCUAUGAAAUGUGAUCCUGAAGCUAUGAAGUAUAAACUAAAGUUUAAAAAAAAUAAAGAUGAUUUAGUAUCAGUAUUAUUUAAAUUAUUCAACAAAGAAGUAUUUGAUGAUAAGCUCCCAGCUGAUAUGAAUUUUAAAUGGAAUGCGCGAUUAAGGUCAACUGCUGGUGCGUGUUUUAAUAAACGUUCUGUCAAAAUAAACAAAAAUUUAGAUUGUGAAAGAGUUUCUCGCAUUGAACUUUCUUCUAAAAUAAUUGAUACAGCUGAAAGAUUAAGAGAUACAUUAAUUCAUGAACUUUGCCAUGCUGCUUGUUGGAUAUUUAAUGGUAUUUCUGAAGGACAUGGUCCUCAAUGGAAAAGCUGGGCAAAUAAAGCUAUGCAAAAGUUUCCAGAACUCCCAAUCAUAAAAAGAUGCCAUAGUUAUGACAUACAAACUAAAUUCACCUACAAAUGUGUAAAAUGUGGUUACAGUUUUGGACGUCAUUCAAAAUCAUUGAAUCUAGAAAAAAAAAGAUGUGGACACUGUUAUGGAGAAUUUGAAUUAAUCAAAAACAAAAUCAAUAAUAAUCCAUUACCUAAUAACAAUUUUCCAGUUGUUCAUGAGGACCCAUUAAAAGAAUUAUACAGUUUAAAUGAUGUACAACAAAAACCUAAACUUCCCAAGAAAUUAUCAAAAUUUGCUAUAUUUGUAAAAGAAAAUUAUAGCCGAGUAAAAAGAGAAAAUCCUUUAUCAAAGCAUGGUGAAAUAAUGAAAUUACUCGGAUCUCAAUUUGCAACAACUAAAGUAUUGACUCCUGACGAAGUGUUUGAUAAAUUGUUUGAUAGUUAACAAUACUAUUAAAAAUUUAAUUUUAUCAGAAAAAAAUUUUUGAUUAAGA